AUGGAAUCUGAAGAUCGAGGAUCCGAGAUCCUCGCCAUUACUUGGACGCUCACCGGUUUGGCAGCGCUAUUCGUGAUUGUCAGGAUAGUAUGGAAGUUUCGUUCCAACAAGACUAAGCUAUGGUGGGAUGACCAUGUUUGUUCUCUCUCAUGGUUCGUCCUCAAAACCUCCACCUUCAUCAUCACCAUCGCCACUUCCAAAGGCCUCGGCAAACAUGUCCAAGCCAUCCCCGAAGAAAACCUCCCUGCCAUCGGUCUAAUCGGCAAUUUUAUCGGCACCCUCUCUAUCCUCGCCUCGGUAUGGAGCAAGACCUCGUUCGCCCUCACUUUACUUCACUUGCUGUCGGGCAGAUGGACCAAAGACCUCCUCUGGCUUGGCAUCGCUACCAUCCACGUCUUCCUGAUUGUCAACGCCCUCUUCAUGUGGAUUAGGUGCUCACCGGCAGCAAAGACGUGGGAUGUCUACAUGAAGGGGACGUGUUGGGAUAACCAGGUGUAUCCGCAGUAUGCUAUGUUUGCCGCUGGCUACUCCGCAGCCGUAGACUUCAUCCUAGUUCUCCUCCCCUUAGCAUUAUUCUAUCAACUCCAAAUGCUGCACUGGAAAGAAAGACUCGGCAUUUCUCUAGCCAUCAUCGUCGCCUUUCUGUACGUACCCCUCCCUCCCUUCUCCCACUUGGAAAUGCCAAUAACCACCCCCCUUGCUAACCAACAACAACCAACAUCCAGCUCCGGUGCCGGCGCCGUCAAGAAAGCAACCGUAAUCUCGGGCCUCACUUCAUCAGACUUUACUUGUAAGCACCAUCCAUCCUUCUACUCAAACCGACCCGUGUAG